AUGAACGUUCCGAAGUUCAACGAGCGCGAGAAAGCAUUGGAGGACGAGUACAUCCGGAAAAGGGAGGCCGAGAAAUUCAAGAAGACACCAGCAGCUCCCACGCCGGGCGGAUCUGGCACGACGCAAUCGCAAGCAGCGCAGCAGUCAGGGCAGAAUGAUGGCGAGGUUCACGCUGCAGCUAAUCCUUGGUGGUUUGUUAGACUGGGGCUCAGAAGUGAGAGACUGCUUGAUAUGAUGAUGGGGAUCUCAGGGAAUCAUCGUUUGUUGUCCAUGCCUAGCCAGGGAAAAGUGGCUGUGAUGAUGGUGGUGUAA